AUGGAACACUCCUUUCGCGUGCGGCAAAGGGCUGCCAGGGUGACUUUGGAGAUCAUGAACCAGAGGAGGAGUGCUCAGAGAGGACGAGUGAAAGACUCAGCAUCUCCUGAGUCGUCUUCUGACAGACGUAGUCAUAGUCCGAAAGUCAAAGCUGAGCUGGAAGCUGUGCCGCCUGAAUCUGACCAGGUUCAUGCUUCGCCUUCCCAACGCCAGUUCCAUGAUGGAGAGUUAGAUGUUGGGCAGCAGCGAUCUCCAUGUGGUGUUGUUGAAGCGGCCCAGACCCAGCCAAUCAUGGAAGAGCAACAGCAGCCCUCUGUGACAAGACCACAAGAAGAACAGCAUUCUGUCCCAGAGACUGUCAAGGUCGAGGCUUCAGAUGUCAAGGGCAAAAAUGCAUUUCCAGACACAGGAUUCGAGUCCCCUCCUGAAUUGCCAGAGCCGGCUUUUGUUCCCAACGAGUCUGCUUGCAGUUCCUCAAGUGCGGCGCCUGGGCCUGCGCUCUCAACUCAAUGCCAAGCAGAACCUGCGCCAAAAAGAAAGAGAGGCAAGCGUGCUGGCCGCAAUGUCCAUUUCUACGAUGCGGCCUUUGCUUUGAAAAGGGUCUUUGGCGACCGUUUGGGCGCAGCGACCUCUGGGGCGCUUUACCCACAAGUUGGCUCUGACUUUUUUGAGCUGACAAGCUUCCUGGCCAUGACUGACCUCUGUGAGCGCGCCGCGUCUGAGGACGGAGAUGAACCGAUGGGUGAUGCUUCUUUCUCUUCGAUAUGGCUCGAGAAGCUUAAAUCGAAGUUGGCUGACUAUCCUUCAGGGCCAGCUGCAUUGCUGGCAGCUGAGUUGACGACAGAUGUGGAGCUGAUAGAUUUUAUACAGUGGCUGUGGACCGAGUUUCCAGAGAGGGCCGAUGUCUGCUACCACCACUCCAAGGAGCUGCAGGGUGUUUCGGAAGAGAUGCUGGCGCAGACACCGCCAAAUGCCUUCCACCUUGCAGCUUUUGCUUUCAAUGAUAGGUGCAGCAUGAAGCCGCCGCCCGGCAGAGAUGCUGCCUUGACUUUGGCAGAGCACAUCCUGAAGCAUGGCUUUGUCACCUCUGGCGACCCGAUUUUGGCCCAGCAUGAAACGCUUGACCAACCUGUGGGGGCAGCUGUGCGACCACCUUGGUCGAAACCAGUUCAAGGUGAGUGUUUGGAACCAUUCUCUGUGGCCUUCAUCAAGGGCAGAGCCAGGAUCUCAUCCCUUCUGGCCCUGCUGUGGGUGAUGUUCGAUGGUGGAGUCACAAGGAUUGCAGAGUCACACAAAUUGCUGUGGGAAACUUGCUGCGUGAUCUGGACGCAACACCUGCAACAGCACACCAAAGAGGAAGAGGUUUUGACCAACUUGAAACUCAGCCUCAAAGGCUCCUUGCGGAAGGCUUGCAACGUAAUCCAGAUUGCCCAGAUGGUGCGCAAGCUCUUGAAGGAGGGUGGCACCGACUAUGGCAGCUUCAUUAGGAAAUGGAACACGCAAACAGUGCAGUCGCAGCAGAUCAAAGGCCGAAAGGCCAUUUCGUUGAAGCUGCUCUUUGAAUCAGCUCCACAGGACUGUUAA